UUCUGCUCCCCUCUUGUUAGAUGUUUCCUCUUUUCCCCUCAUUGCCUUCACAGAACCCUGGGGGACUCCAUCCACCUUGAAAGCACCCUGGGGACAGGGUGGCUAAACACCCACUUCUUGGAGGGCUCUUGGUUAUUUCUGGAAGAUGACAACACUUUAUGCCCCCAAGGCUAACCGUCAUGCCGACGUUGUCUAUUCUUUCCAUGGGUGGACGGGCCAUCCUUCCUGCCCCCUGUUUCUAAGCUGUGUCUGACUAGGCAGACAUCUGUUUCAUCUGCUCUGGGCUCAAGAGGAAUAGCUGACAGCUGGUGCAGAGUCUGCCCUCAUGCAACUUCAUGGAUGAGGGUGGCUGCAGGGAAGAAUCAGGUCGCUCAUGUCCCAUCUGCGAACUGCUCUAUCCUAGUUACGUGCUGCUGAAUCGGUCCUCAAUUCAGGCCAAAGGCAACCACCUGGCCCAGGGGCUCUGCUCUCCCAGACAACCCAGUCUUCUUCUCUCUUGCCUUCUGGUUUUGUAUCUCUUUGCACUUUUCUCUUUCUUACACACACACCCACACACCCUUGCCAAGGAGGCUCACCCAAUAAGAAAGUCCUCAGCUUUCUGAAUGCAAGGGAAUGCUGAAGUGCUUGGUUUCUACUUUUCUCAUGGUUCCUUUGUCAUUUCUGCCUGCUCCCUGGUAACCCAGAGACCUUCGCCACUGGUUUAGUGGUCAGAUGCAUUUUAGACUAUUCUAGGAGUAGCCUAACAUUCGUAGUCCUAAUGCCGGCAGCUGCUACCCGAGAAAGAAGCCAGAUAGAAGGUGGCAGUGUUAAAGAGAGGUGGCUGGUAUUUGACAGAACCAAAGGUACCUUGGUUUAAAAGGAUGUCUGCCCUUGGAGCCCCUGAGUCCUUCCAAGGAUGGGAUGUCAGAGAGGAUGCUUCCCUACUUAACAGAUAGGAAACUGAGGCAGGGGAUGUGGACUCAGGUGCUGGGUUCCUUCCGGGUGGACACAGCAUCUAACUCAGUCCAAGGCUUCUCCCCCAGAACACUUGGAGGACACUGUGGAGCUGGGCCUGGCUUCUGGGAGGACUGGGUUUGGCUCAGGUGUCUCCCCUAAACUGAUGUUUUGGGGCUCAGCCUGCUUGGGGCCUGGUGAGGUAGUUCUGAUUGAGGAGGGGGCUGCCGUGUGCGGGAAGGGCUAGCUCCCACCCCGCAGCUCAGAAUUGCUCACCGGCUUCCCGUGUCCCCCACCUGAGGUGCUGGUGCCUCUCCAUUCCCACCGUUCCUUUGCUUCCCGCCGGAGCCCCUGCAGGGCUCAGGCACAGCCAUCGGCCUGCCCAUGGCCGGCUGCCCGGGAAUGGUAGUCUGUAUGCGGAGCCUCUCAGAGUCCCCAGGACAGGUUUUGAGGCCCAAAAGGAGCGGGGGAGGGGGAAGAGUAGAUCUUUACAACAUCAGAGAGGGGAGGGAUCCCGGGGACUACUUGGCCAAGUCUCCUGAUUAUCCUGACGGGGAAACUGAGGACCAGGUCGGGGAAGUGAUUUGCUUAAGGCCACAAGAUGAGUCAAGGACAAUCCAGGAUCUCCCAGCUGGCUCCAGGCUGCCUGUUCUUCCCACAGCCCACACCCAGUCUGAGCCUAGCGCUCGGCACAGCUCGGCACAGCAGCCCACACCAGCCCAGGCUCCUGCCUGCCCCUUCCCAGUGGGCUUGAGUUGAACAAAAAGAAGCCCCCAUGCUUCUUGUAAGGGCACAGUUUUGAAAGCUGAGGUUCAGAGAGGGAAAGUAAUUCUCCCAAAGUCACACAGUAGGCUAAUGACAGAGCUUGGUUUUAGUCGCCAUUCCAAGUCCCAUUCCACACCUCAGUAGAGUGCCUUUCCUCAUGCUGGUUUGUAUAUGGUCCAUCUUAGGCCACUUGUCUCCCUCCCAUGUUGCAGGUGUUGUGCUAAAAAACUUCAGGGGAGAGGAAGCUGGGGCAGUGCCUGGUGGGAUAUGGGUUGGGCAGCUGGGUGCACAGGAGCACAGGUCCCCACUGAGGUCUCCUGCCCUCCGCCUUCGGCACUGCAGGGGCUCAGAAGGUCCAUGCUGGCAGGGCACUGCGGGCUCUCUUCUCGGAUGGCCAUGGUGAAAUUGACCCUGAAGGCUGCCAGGUUCUAGUCAUUCCUGGCUGCCUGCUACCAUGCUGAUGUGCAGGGUACCAACCACCUUUUAGGACAGGCUCCGGCCACCCAGUGUUUGAGAGCUCCAGAGGGCCAUGGGGAAGGAAGCCCAUCUUAGAACUAUAUCCUGGCAUCGUGACAUGGCCCAUAAAUUUGGUCCUGAAACAGAUUAGCCUAGGACCCCACUCCUCUGCAGGGCUGAGGAGGCCUCUGUCUAGAAAAGGGAGAAAGACUGCGGGAGGGAGGUGGUGGGAGUAGGUGAGUUGGGAGUAGGGAGCUUGUAAAGCAGCUUCUCCUUUUCUCUGGCAAUAAUGACUUCGAGAGCCCACGAGGCGCUGGGAAGGGGGCCAAGUGGACACUGGGUGCUCAGCUUGGCUACUCUGGAGUCCAUGAGAGGGGCUGUCCCUUACAGCCUUGGCAAAGUCACUUUUAUCCCAACUGCAGCUGCCUCUGCUUCUCAACUGCGACAAAUUCCCUGUAAACAGGUGGCAUAGGACUAGAACUGUUUGCCUCAACAGACUGAGACCCUCCUGUGGGCAAAUGGGCAAAAGAAGGGGAUGUGUUCCUCCUGGAGGGGAAGUGUGUGUCACAGCUGAUGGCUAAUACAGCGGGUGGGGCUGUGGCCACAAGGAGAGGGAUUCGCCUUGACCCAUUCUGCCCCAGGGCGAAACAUUAGGGCUGGCGGACAGAGGCAGAUAUUGAUCCAAUGGAAGUCAGUGCUGUGCAGAGGGUUGAGUUUCUCUGAGGUAAUGAGGUCCCCAUCCCGGAAGGUAUUCAAGCAUAGCUUGGGGGUGUUGUCGAGAAGAUUCAUAUGUCAGGGCAUACUUUUAGAUGCUGUCUAAAUUUACUGACAAUGGCCCUCUGCAGCCCUCAUUUUAGGAUUCAAAUGACAGAAGUAGGAUUAACUCUUGCUUGCCUGCCUGAAGAUAAACAGGACACAUGAAUGGGCAAACUCCUGUCCCUCUGCCUUGUUACUCAGUCACGCUCUACCCCAGGCUGCAUCUUUACCCGACUUAGCGAUGGUGGUGGGGAGAGGGUAGGUGGCGAGCCCCUAUUCACAGUGAGAAAUAGGCCGGAAGAGGGUGGAAAUUUGGAGUUAGGAACCCUCAGGAACUUCUUUCCAAAGAUCAGGCCAAGUCUAACUUGUAUCUUUGACCCUCCAGCUGGGGCAAAGCUUCCCCUGUCCUUCAGUCAAGACUGUAGAAAAUGGUGACAAUCUUUUCAGCCUUCUCCUCCCUUCACCCUCCCAGCUUUGUCAAAGUCUUCAGCCUUCCAUCCUUGUCCCAUAGCAGGCUCACACCCUGUGGGCUCUCCACAGGAGCUCUUGGGAAGGGCUGUGGGAUGGGCGGGCUCAUAUCCAGCCUCAAAGUGUUUGGAGGGUGGGGCCGGGGUGGUAGCAGGGUGAGUGACAGCUGGCUAGACUAAUCAGGAUGAACACCAUUUACUGAGUAGCUACUCUGUGCCUGGCCCUGAGCUCAAUAUUCUAUGUGUAUCAGCUGACAGUAGUCAGGACAACUCCCCAAAUAUGCAUUCUUUUCUCACUUUUACAGAUGAGGAGACCUGUUAUACUAAGUUAUGGGUACACUCAAGGUGACACAGAAAAUAGCAGAGAAUUCAGACCCAGGGUGGAGCGAUGCCAAAGCCAUCAAUCACAUCAGGCUGUGACUGGGAAAGGGCAGUGGACUGGCCUCUUGCAGCCCAGAGACCUAGGAGUGGGUGGGGGAAGGGUGACUGGGAGCCAAUCUCAAAAUGACCGUGGACAGCCAGAGAUGGGCAAAAGUGUUUGGAAGCAGAGGCAAAGGCUUCCCAGUGGGUCUCUAACAUCCCACCUCCUGCCUGGCCUGGCCCCUGACCCCACAGCUCUGUGCAAACAGCUCUGGCUCCCGCUGGCCACCCUCUCCUCUCCUGGUUUCUGAAAACCUAUAAAACCUUUUCUUCACCUGCUGACCAGUUGUCUCCAUCCCUACCCCUCCUCCUCGGCCUGUGUCUCACUCCAACUUCCCCAGGUUCCCCUUCAUUCCAGGCAGACUCUCCCUUGCUCCCAUGCUUCUUCCCUUCCUCUCGGCCAUCUCUCCUGACCUUCUGUCCCUGCCAUAUCUCCUCUUCUACUCCACAUCCUCUCUCUCCUCUCACUUUGCAAGAUCCACUGCUCUCACACUAAAAUAUUCAUAGCGGAUGGGACCUGAACACUAGGGGAGCCCUGCCUGGCGCUCUGCACCUUUUUAUGCUUCUGGUUUGGUCAGUCUGUCCCAGCGCCCAGUUCAGCGGCAGGACCAGGUCUAGGGUUCCAGGAGGACAUCUAGCCAUUCAGCUGACUAGGCAGUCCCCCUACAAUGAAUGACAAACCUUCCCAAUGCCUCCGACCCCCAGCCCUCCUGAGCCCCCAUCCUCCCAUGAUGGACAAGCAGUGGGGCAUGGUAAUCCAUGAAACACAGAGGUAAACACAGCUCUGGGGUGCUGGGUAGGGUGGCUGAGACCCUGCCAUGGGGCUUCACGCCCUACCCCAAAGUGGCCCAGAAUAAAGGGAUGCCCAGGACUCACCCCAUCUCUGAGCUGCAGUGAGGGAAGCAGACGCCUGCUCCUGCCAGGGGGCACAUGCCCCUCUCCAGCUUAGGACUGUCCAGUGAGCACCUCCCUGGUCAGGAUGUUUUAGCUCCCUCCUCCCUCUGCCCUCCUCCUCCCAAUGAGCUCAUCUGUCUGGGGCUCCCCACCCCCCUUUGCCUGAAGGGAUGUUUGGAAAGAACCUGGCAGAAAACAGAAAAAGAGGAAGGGAGGGAUGGAGGAGGUGCGUGCGCCCAGAGCCCUUAGAGAAAGUGGAGAUGGGUGAGGAGAGCUCAGGAAGAGUUCAUCGCUGCUCCAGGUCGGAUUCGAGGUGGGCUGGGGAGCAGCGGGCGAGGGGGCCAGUACUGGUUCCUUGCUGGGCUGCUGAGCCACGUGCCUGCGGGUUGGUUUGGUGCAUGCUGUCCUGUUAACCCCCUCAGCACCUGCCAAACUUCAGUGGAUGCUGAGACUGUGGCUGAGGCAAGUGAGCGCUGAGCUGGAGGGCAGGAAUGGUCUCUUCCUGGUCCCUGUGUCCCUGUCGCUGGAGGUAUCUGUGGGAAAGGCCGCUACCAUCUACGCUGUCAACGGCACGGAGAUCCUGCUGCCCUGCACCUUCACCAGCUGCUUUGGCUUCCAGAACCUGCGCUUCUGGUGGUCCUACAACAGCAGUGAUACAUUCAAGAUUCUCAUAGAUGGGAUCGUGAAGAAUGAGAAGUCAGACCCCAAGGUGAAGUUGAAAGAUGAUGACCGCAUCACUCUGGAGGGCUCUGUGAAGGAGAAAAUGAACAAUAUUUCCAUUCUGCUGAGGAACCUGGAGUUCAGCGACACGGGCAAAUACACCUGCCACGUGAAGAACCCCAAGGAGAAUUAUCUUCAGCACCAGGCCACCAUCUUCCUCCAAGUUGUUGAUAAACUGGAAGAAGUGGACAACACAGUGACACUCAUCAUCCUGGCUGUUGUGGGCGGGGUCAUUGGGUUCCUCAUCUUCAUCCUGCUGGUUAAGAAGUUCAUCGCCUUCAUUAUCAAGAAGACUCAGGAGAAGAAGAAGGAGUGCCUCGUGAGUUCGUCAGGGAACGAUAAUACAGAGAAUGGGUUACCUGGCUCCAAGGUGGAAGAGAAAGCACCAAAAAAAGUGUGAGCCCUGCUCGGGGCCAAGCAGCCGCCGGGAGCCUCGCUUUCUAACGAUGAAACUGAUGCCUGAGCCGUGUCCGUGAACCCACGUGCCUGAGACAUCUGCUGCUUGGCUCAAACUGUAGUCUUUCCGGGCGGGGAGAAACUGGGGUCCUGUCUAGCCUGCCCCACCCCCUUCCCCCCCAGGGCUCCCCAGGGACAAGGGCUGGCCAAGGGAGGGGCCCUGUGGAAGGUUCAGGAAAGGAAAGGAGGGGCUGGAGCGGUGUGGAGGGCCGGUCCCCCGACACCUGGGUAGAUGGUCUCCUUCAGUGUCCCCACCCUGGACAGGGAAUGCCUUGGUUUUCCUCUAGAUGUCUCUUUGUGAGAGACUUGGAGGGGUUGGGGAGGGCUGCCCCAGUAGCUGGACCCUGAGUAGGGAGGACUAACCCUUCUACGGUGGGAGUGGCCAGAGGACUCUGUACGGGAUCCGAGGGUGGGAGGCUGCUGGAGGGUCCUACAGUGAGAGGCUUUGAUGGAUUCCUGCUGCCCCACGUCCUUCUAGUGAAGAACUCCCCUUUCCCCCCAUCCCUGGGUGCCUGCCUGCCUGUCUUGGUUCUGCCCCCACCCCCAGACCCCAAGCUGCUCAGUCUCUGAACCCUCCCAUCUAGGGCUGCCACCCUGGUCUUGGGGGGUCCUAGCCCACCUAGUCUGCUCCUCUGAUCUCUGGGCCCUGAGGGCUCAUGCAGGGUCCCUCAGGCCUUCCCAGAGCACCGGGGCGCCACCUACACCUUUCCUAGUAUUUCUCCUUGGGGGAUCAGGGCUGCAGAGGUGGGCCUCUUGGCCACGGAACGCUCACCCCAGCCCUGCCAGCGCUGGCUGGCCCUGCUCCUCGGCAUGGCAGGACCAUGGCCACUGCUGGGAGCUCGCCGCCAGCUCCGCGCUGCUCCUCUUCCCCUGAAGCAGCAGGUGGCGCCAUCUUGCUUGAGGAGCUGCUCCUGUGCUCCUCCAGCUUCUCCCUGCCCAGGGCUGUUCAUCUCCAUCCCUGCGUCAAGGCUGGCCUUCACCUCGGGGACCCUGUUGCUUUGGAUGAGAGGGCCCUUGGGUUUUCUGUCUGCUUCCUGCUCAGCCGUGCCCCGCUCUCACCCCAGGGUUGGGGAGGUGCAGGGAGAGAGUGCCCAGGGUUUUCCUUUGCUUUUCCACGCACUGGUUUGCACACCCCUUGCGUGUGGGGCUAGACUGUGCCUUAGCUCCUGAGUCCUGGCUCAUGCGCUCCCUCCCCGCUUCAGCCCCUAGGGAACAGCCAGCUCUGGUGGGCCCUGGUGAGGGUCCCGCUGCCCUAACCCAGGGUCAGGCAGGGGACCAGGGAGCUGGAGUUGUGUCGUUAAUAGCCCGCUGGCCAGCCACUGAGUGUUGGAGGCGUCUGCCAAGUGCUCCCGUGGGCCCCUUACAGGCCAUGUCGUGGUAUUGUCCCUGUGGGGUUGGGGAAGUGAGGGGAGCCGGGGCUGUGAUCAUGGAGGAAUCCGCCAUCUGCUCCCACCCCCUCGCUCUCUUGUUGAAUUCCUGACACUCUGUCCUCUGGGCCCCUGGGAGGGAUGAGAGGGGAGUAGCCCCCUUUUCCAAAGUGUGUGGGGACUGCCUGAGGACCCUCCCUGCCAAAAAGCAGCGGCGAGCGUCCCCAAGGGUGCAGGUUUGGGGAGGGGGAACAGGAGUGCCUGCAGGGCAGCCACGGCUGUGACCUGUGACCCUUGCCCGGCCUGAGGGGCUUGCAGGGUCCCACUGAGAUCUGCCUCUGUCCCUUGCGGCCUCCUCCACCCAUCCUGGGCUCAGGUUCAGAUUUUCCCGGCUUUGGGAGCAGGCAGACAAGAGCCACCAGUCAUUCGGGAAACUUCGUAGGCUGCCUUCACGCAAAAGUGCUUGCUUCUCCUUUCCCAGCGUUAGCAUUUGGAAGGGCAGAGGGUCUUGUGCUCCUCUUACUCCCUUGAGAGGAAGCCAAGGCGUACAGAGUGGGGGAGAGGAAGAGCAUCAUAGGCGGGUCAUGCACGUUCUCUGGGCUCAGCUUUCCCUAUCUAUAAAAUGGGUGUAAUAAUACCUACCUCACAGGACUGUUGUGAGGCUUGGCAGGUUUUGGUUUAAAAAUCUUUUUUGGCUUCAACAGGGAUCUAGCAGUCCAGGUGUCAUAAUUGGAGGGACGGUUCCAAGUCUGUCCUGUCCUCAUCUCUGUGUCCCAUCCCCAUAGUUCACACACACACACACACACACACGCACACGUACACACACUCUCUCUCUUCUCUGUCUCUCUCUUCCCACCCCUCCCCCUUGGAAUUAUUUUAGUCUUUGUAAUGUUAGAACCCUGGCUCUGAUGCUUAAAGUUUCCUGUGCAUGGCUUUUGUUUGGUGGUUUUCAGUAGAGGUGGUUGGGACUGUAGCGGGGACGCUUUUGGCUGCCCAAUGCCUGAGGGCUCUACUGGCAUUUAGUGAAGGUGGGGGCUGAGGAUGCUAAACUUAGUCCCCACCACAAACACUGUCCUGCGCCAAGGCCGGGAUUAUAGCCAUGGAGAAACCCUGGCAUGAAUUUGCCGUAGAAGAUGUGUGGGCAAAGCCAUCUUCCCAGGCAGACCCUCAGCAAGUGCAGGUCUCCAGGGGCUGGUGAGGGUGUUUUCAGGGCCUGUGGGCUAGAGAGAGCCGUUCACAAAGUUGAACUUGGGAGCUCUGGACACACGCAGCUAUGCUGACAGUAAGGUCAGGAGACCGUAGACCAAGCGUUUCCCAGCUCCCCGUCCUUGACCCCGCAUAGGACCUGAGCAUUCCAGGCCUUGGGAUUCUCCCGGUGCAGGAAUUGAGCAGAAGGCAGCCAGAAGGAACCUGGGGUGCUGGAGAGGUCUGGGAGAGGGGCCGGUAGAGCUCAGGGAGGGGGUGAGAGCGAGCUCCUGAGAUGGGGGCAGCUGAGGGUGUGCCUGGGUGGCGUGCGUGUGUGGAAAUGCAUGACUGUGGGGUGGGUGGGCCAUGCAUGGACGUCGGGGUGUAUGGAGGUGUGUGUAAAGGCUGAGUGUGCCUGAGAUGGAGGAGGUUCUGCACGUUUCAGGAGCCAUCUUCCCUGGCCAGAGCUAUAUCCGUUGGGGCAUCUGGAGGCUGAGAAAGGAUAGGAGACAGAGGGGGAGAUCAGCCGUGCUCCUGGGCUCCGUAACGCCGUGACUCUGUCUCAUUGUCACAGACAGAUGCCAUCAGAGUGCUGGGGGGAGGGAGUGCCAGGAGGGGGCUCUUCUCUGGGGAAAAUCCUACAGCUUCACUUUACUUUGUCCCAGGUGGGAGUCCUUACCCUCCCACCCGAUACACAGUGCUUUUGACUAUCUUAUGCAUGGUUUAUUCCUCUGCCUUGGAUGACAAUACUCAUAGUCAAUUUUCUAUGUAACUAUAGAUCGAAACAAUGCAGCACAAAUGGGCCUUGGGGGGCCUCAGAUCUGCAGGUGCCUCCUGGGAGGCGCAGAUGUGCACACACCCAGCACUGACUUGUGUUCAAGCACAGAAUGAAUGUGAUCAGACUGUCUUGCCUUGACAACAUGUUUUGCAUUGUAGAGUUUUAUCUAGCUUUGCCUUGGAUGAAAUAAAAAUUAUAUUUAA